AUGGCUAUGCUCAUCGGCGCGCCGAGGAUUAUCUCAGAUGGGACGUGGAACACGAGACCACCCCGCAACAUUUAUGACGCCGACCUCGACCAAGACUGCGUCCAACUGCCAGAGUCCCGCGCCGGCACUGAAGUUACUGAAGUCUCGUUUCUGCUAGCGAGAUACAAGAUGAGCCUCGCCAUGGGGAGGUUAGUUGAUCUGAGCCUGAUGAACAAGCUGGAAUCACCAGAAAAUGUGAACAGCGCCGAAGCUCGUCUCAAGGAAGCCUACGACUCGACACCCGAAAAGUUCAAGUUGACCUCACUCGUCCAUUGCUUGUCAGAUAAGCCGGUUCAUCAGGACCUGGUUCAAGUGAAGAGAACGAGAACUGGACGUCAGCGGCCCGACGCAAAUGCAUAG